AUGGGAGAGUUCCCGGUCUAUGGCAACCCGACGCCCACCAAUUUCAGGCUUACCACCUACGACCUCACGGUCCCAAUCAUGAUCCGCAGUCUCCAGCGACUCCUGGGGUGUCUCAAGAAAGGCGAGCAGUGGGCCAAAGACAACAACAGGAGUAUAGAAGAGAUGCUCCAUGCUCGCAUCUACCAGGGGGCGAAGCCCCUAGCAUUCUACAUCAUUGGUGCAAGCAACACGGCCGGAAACCUUCUCUCUCGCAUCGGAGGAGAAUCGCAGAUUUAUCUGAUAGAUGAUCUGCUCCACAAAAGCACAUUGAAAGAGCUCUACGAUCGUCUUGAAUUUCAGAUUCUCCGUUUGCAUAGUGCUAAUAAGAGCUUAUUUAUGGGUCCUAAUGACAAAUGCAAGGUUACACUGCGUGGACAUCAGGCCAAUUUCAGGGUUUUGACAUAUAUUCAGAACUAUGCACUUCCCGACUACUUUUUCCACCAAAACAGUGCCUACUGCCUCUUCAGAAUGCAAGGGGUUCCGUUGACCAAGAUGGAUAUCCUGGGGGCGGAGGAAGACCACGCCUAG